UAAUCCUUUAAAAUGGGGUUUAAUACUGGGUUAUAGGUCUACCAAACGAUGGUGGUUGGGUUCUGAACUCUCUUAAGCAACUUAGGAAGCAACGACCACCAUUACCACCAUAACAGUGUUUGUUGCGAAAUUAUUUUCUAGUUGGGUAUUUGGGGUUUCACACGUGAGAAAACAUUAGAAUGAUUGAUAGAUUAGAAUUAGAAUGUUGUUGCGAAAUCAUUUAUGUUCUUUGUUUAAUCAGAAACUUGUCAGGAUGGUCAAUCUCUUAUAUUAUUUUAUUAUGUGAUUCCCUGUAUUGUUUAUUGGGUUUGGUGUUCGAUGUUCCAAUGAUAAGGAGGUUUGGUUUUGCUUGGGAUUACAUUACAUCCCCCUCGGAAUUGGGUUUUCUUAUUCUUAUUUUGUCUCUAUCCUUUUCAACCCCUUUCUGCUCCCCGCCACAGGCGCAGGUUUUGAGGGUUUUCAGGUUGUGUUGCAGCAGAAGCAAUAAAUGGCUGCUUAUUAUCCAACUCUUAGCAACCAGGUGGACAACCUGGAAACAACAUACCAAGGGGACCAGAAACUUGCUUCUUAUCCUGAGCCUUCUUCCCAUAACAAUAACAAAUCAGUGUACCUGAAUCAAGCUUCUUCCUCCGGGGCAUACUCAAAUCUCCUGCGUGGGAGUUCUUUUUCUCCCCUUGGAUGUGUUGAAAUUGCAUCUCUGAGAGGUAUAAAUGAGAUGGCAUUCGUUCCACCUACAAGCGACAGUAUGAGUGUGCAUUCCAUCAAUGACCAAUUAGGCACUGCUGAGGAAAGUGCUGUAGGUGACUCUGUAAGAGGGGAUUCCCAUGUGAUUUCAAGGACACGACUAGACAUUCGAAAUGGUGAACAGAAUUUUCAAUCCCAUGUUUUAUCUUUGAGCCUUGGUAUGCAGAUACCAUCUGGAGUUUUAAUGCCUUCAAGUCAGUACCAGUACCCAAACCUGGGUUUGCCUUCAUUGGUGAGUGCUUCUCUUCCAAUGUCAGGGAAGGAAACAUCGUCUUUUUAUGCAGAUGAGAGCAAUCAAAGAAAGGAGUUGAGGUAUUCUCAAUGUUUGGCAUCAGAUUUUGACGGCAGUGACAAAAUUUGUACCAAAUUAGUGGCUUGGGGCAAUCCUCAGUACUCAACAAACCAAAAAGAUAUGCGUUCUGAUACAUAUUUACAAGGACCAUCAAGUUUUGCAAAUCCUAUUUUGAAUUCCAAACAUCUCAAGGCAGCUCAGCAGUUACUCAAUGAAGUGGUUGGUAUCCAAAAGGAUGCAAAGCAGCCAGAAUCAAAUAAUCAUCAAAACUCCUGUGAGAAAGAAAUUGAUGGGAGAACUAGCAGUCAAUCUAUGCAGCGAGAACCCUCGAACCCCAGUGAAUCAGCUACCAACUCCUCUUCUGAACUAUCGCCUGCAGAAAGGCAGGAUUUGCAGAACAAGAAGACAAAACUUCUAUCCUUGUUGGAUGAGGCAAAUAGAAGAUACAAACAAUAUUACCAUCAAAUUCAAAUUUUGGUUUCAUCAUUUGACAUGGUAGCUUCUCGCGGGGCAGCUAAAUCAUACACGACACUCGCCCUCCAAACAAUUUCCCGCCAGUUCCGCUGUCUGUGUGAUGCAAUCGAUGGUCAGAUACAAGUGAUUCAGAGAAGCCUCGGCGAACAAGAUGCUUCACUAAGUGGUCAGAAAGUAAUACCUCGACUCCGUUAUGUUGACCAUCAACUGAGACAACAGAAGGCUCUUCAGCAGCUUGGUGUGAUGCGACAUGCUUGGAGACCACAGAGAGGACUUCCUGAGAACUCUGUUUCAAUCCUUCGAGCUUGGCUAUUUGAGCAUUUCCUUAAUCCCUAUCCAAGCGAUUCGGAGAAAAUCAUGCUAUCUAGGCAGACAGGCUUGACCAGAAACCAGGUAGCAAAUUGGUUCAUAAAUGCACGGGUGCGUCUUUGGAAACCCAUGGUUGAGGAGAUGCAUAAGGAAGAAUUCGGAGAUUCAGAGGUGAACUCUAAACCUUCUUCAGAGGAUGCAUCUGAAGCACAUGGGAAAGAUGUCUUGGCAUCGGAGGAUAGGGGGGAAGGAUUGCAGGAUAGUGUGAUAUCCACAACUGAAGAAAAUGAGCAAGUCCAUGACUUAAAGACUAGUCACGUUCCUUAUUUUGAAAUGAAUGAACAAAUGCCAAGAACAUUGUUCCAAACUGGGGAUCAUGGGGAUAAUGUGACGGAUUCGAGUAUUAUGGUGCUGCAAUGUGACACAAGAUCUAACAUUGAUCGCAAGAGCCUUUAUUCGGAAGGAAUUAUCACACCAACUCAGAAUGUUAAUGGGAGUCUUAUGGGUGCUACUACGACAAAUUACAUGACCGAGUUUAGUGGUUUUCCAGAGGUCUCACUCGCAUUGGGGUUACAACAUUGUGAAAAUUAUGUGUUUUCCAUGGCUGCCACCACCAACAGUAUAAAUAACAGCACAGUUGAGUCCUCAGUUGGACCUGAUGUGGUGGAUUACUAUUCUGUGGUUUCAGGAAAGCAACAGGACAGGUUUGGCAAUUCCCAUCUCUUGCAUGAUUUUGUAGUCUGAAAGAAAGAAUGCUUGCCUUUGGCUUUCCGGGUAAUCUCUCAAGUCAAAAGGUGUCUGAAGUUUUCGAAAAAUCGACACACUUAUACUCUGUGAUGUUACAUUGGUUCUCUUUAUCUUGCUUGCAUUCUGCUUGAAGAGAUGCCAACCACUAGUUACAUUGUAAACAUAUGAUAAUGUGCACAUAGUUUUCUGUAUCUUGUUGAAUAAGGAAUGUACAAUCUUGUUCUGGAAUAAAUCAGAUAUCAAAGAAUCAACUGAUAUGUCAGUCUGUAAUAAUGCAUGCAUCUGUAGAGGGUUCGGGUUAGUGAUGAGAAUAUUAUACUGUUAUGGGAUGUAGAAGAUCAAAUUUGAAUGUUUUCAACUAUACAAUCUUGUUCCAUGUA